GUUAGGUGGUGGUUAUGUUUUUAUUUGCAAAAUAUUAUGUAUUUUAUUUGAAAUUGGUUGAAAUGUUACUUAGAAAUUAAUGAGCUAAAUGUAUUAAAAAGUGUAGUAAAUAAAUAUGAGGCGCCUACCUCUUUGUAAACUUUUAAUAACUUUAUGUUGUUGUUUUAUUGCUAUUUAUUUAUAUAUUUUAAGUACAAAGGAAAAUGACAAUAAUUUUAAGGAUUAUGUUGUACCUAAGCGAUUAAAAGCUGCAAGCCAGGUCAGGAUAGUAAUGUCGUUUGUUGUGUGCGAUUCAAGAUUUAACGAGUCCUUAAAUGUUAUAAAAUCUGUGCUAAUAUUCACAAAAACGCCUGUUCAUUUUGUUAUUUUUACUGACGAUAAAUUGCGACAUUUGUUUAAUGACACUCUGAGCAAAUGGAAAUCCUUAUUAGGAGACCAAUUAGAUUUUGAGUUGCAAGGUAUUCACUUCCCAGAAGCUCACAAGGAAGACUGGAUGAAUCUGUUUAGUAAAUGCGCUGCCCAAAGAUUGUUUAUACCGAAACUUAUUCCUCACAUUGAUGCUAUGAUAUAUGUUGAUACAGAUACUUUAUUUUUAAAGCCAGUUGAUGAUUUAUGGAAUGAAUUUUCAAAAUUUAAUGACUCUCAGAUAUCAGCUAUGGCUGCUGAAGAUGAUAAUCCUAAUGUAUCUUGGUACCCGAGGUUUGCAAAACACCCAUUUUAUGGAAAAUAUGGCCUCAACUCUGGUGUAAUGUUAAUGAAUUUGACAAGAAUGAGAAGUUUUGGAUGGGUUGAAUAUGUUACCCCAGUUAUGCUUAAAUGGAAAUUAUAUAUUCCCUGGGGAGAUCAGGAUAUAAUAAACAUAAUAUUCCAUUAUCAUGAGCGUGCGGUGCACAUUCUCUCAUGUCGGUACAAUUACCGAUCAGAUCAGUGCACAUAUGGAGAUGCGUGCGCUGACGCCACGCAGUACGGCAUAUACGUGCUUCACGGUAGCAGGGGAAUAUUUCACAAUGAUAAACAGCCAGCAUUUCAAGCUAUAUAUCGAGCUGUUAGUGAAUAUGAUAUAAGAACAGAUCCAUCGGAGGUAACAAAAAAUAUGCAUAAAUAUUUAAAGGAAGCAUCGGAAUCAAACUGUGGGAAUGUCUUUGAGACAUUGAAACAUAAUUUUUAAAAACAUGACAUAUUUCUUUAUAUAUAAUGUACGUUAAAAUUUGAUAUAUGAAUUUUCAGGUUUUAUUUACAACUGAAGUUAAUGCUUCUCAUUCCAAACUACCUAUAAAUAUGACCAAAUAUUAAAUGUAGCGAAUUCCAUUAAAUAUAUAAUAGCUUAGGGAGGAUUAAAGAAAAACAUAGACCGUAUUACGUACCUAUAUCCGUUAUGUAGUAUGUUCAUACAACAACCAGUACAUCAAUGGAAAAUCAUUUUAGUUUGUAAAGUUCACAUGGGUUUUAUGACACUAGCUUUUGUCCGCGAACUCGUCAUCGCAGAAUAAAAGAAUCUAGUAAUAAAAAUAGCCUCUAUUACUCAGUGAUAAUGAAGCUUUCCAUUGCCGAAAUAAAUUUUGAACUUGGUUCAGUAGUUUUUGAGUUUAUUUGUUACAUACAAAUAAAAAAAAAUCUUUAUAAUACCAGUAUUGAGUAUAUAUGAUAUUGUGCUCUUAGAUUUCUGGAGGAGAGGCGUAUUCAGCCAUCCGAAUUCUAAGUAUUUCUCUCUACUAUAUUUAUAAGUGUUUAUAUUAGCUAUUUAUUUUUUUUUAUACAUUUAUAUUAUAAAUUGCAACUCAAAGAUUUUUUUUUUAAUAAAAGAGUAAUUAAAUGUUAUUAAUUAUGAAAAUGUGUGUGCCUUAUUCAUUACGAAAUGAUAAGUUGCGUAGAAUACAUUAACUGAUGUGUUUUAUAAAGAAAAAGAUUUUGAUAUUGACUUGUAUUAGGAUAUAGUUACCUAAGAAUCUCUGCCGAAAAUAAAUUAUUUCUGUAUUAUUUCGUAAGAUAAGUUGUAAGUAAGAAACGUAACAUGUAAUUAAUUUUUUUCUGACUCAUUGUAUUUUUAUUUCAUUAAAUGUUACAAUUUUG